CAAGACACUAGACGCUCAAGUUGCCCAACAUGCCGGUCGUCAAAGGUGGAGUUUGGACAAAUAUCGAAGACGAGAUCCUCAAAGCUAGUGUCAGUAAAUAUGGCCUGAACCAAUGGGCUCGAGUAUCAUCGCUGCUUGCACGGAAGACGCCCAAGCAAUGCAAAGCUCGGUGGUCAGAAUGGCUGGACCCAAGCAUUCGCAAAAUUGAGUGGUCAAAGGAGGAGGAUGAGAAAUUAUUGCACCUUGCAAAAUUAAUGCCAACUCAAUGGAGAACGAUUGCACCUAUUGUCGGACGCACUGCCACACAAUGUCUGGAACGAUAUCAAAAAUUGCUCGAUGAAGCCGAGGCAAGGGAAAAUGAUGAGUUCGGGCUUGGGGGUCCAUCCGGUGGCGAGACCGCUGCCCCCAGUGCGGAUGAUGUUAGAAAGCUAAGACCUGGAGAAGUUGACCCUGAUCCUGAGUCCAAGCCAGCACGUCCGGAUACCAUUGACCUUGAUGAAGAUGAGAAGGAAAUGCUCAGCGAAGCGCGAGCACGUCUGGCCAAUACGCAGGGUAAAAAGGCAAAGCGGAAGGCUCGGGAGCGACAACUGGAGGAAUCUCGGCGACUAGCAGUGCUGCAGAAAAGACGGGAAUUAAAAAAUGCUGGCAUCAACAUCAAAGUUGUCAACCGCAAAAAGGGACAGAUGGAUUACAAUGCCGACAUUCCUUUCGAAAAGGCCCCAGCAGCGGGGUUCUACGAUACGCUUGACGAGCAGGACCGGAAUGAACGCCAGCGAGAAGCAUUUGAUCCCCGAAAGCAACAACUGGCAACUAAGCGAAAAGGAGACCAAGAGGAAGAUCCUGAUCGGAAACGAAGGAAGAACGAGAAUAGCAACUCGUCUGCCUUUGCAGCCGCUGCUAAAGCUGGGCAGAUGCAGCGCAUUCGCGAAGCUGAGCAAAGCAGCAAGAGAAGAGCGCUUGUACUUCCAACCCCGCAAGUUAGUGAGACUGAAUUAGAGGACAUUGUUAAGAUGGGUAUGGCUGGGGAGAGAGCCAGUCGUGCUGCCGGCGGCAGCGACAAUGACGCGACGAGAGGUCUCGUGGGAAAUUAUUCAAGCAUUGUGGGUGGGACUCCGAUCAGAACGCCGAGAGCCCCGCCACAAGAGGAUCACAUUGCAAAUGAGAUUCGUAAUAUUCGGGCUUUAACUGAAACGCAGUCGUCAUUGCUUGGUGGUGAAAACACUCCGUUACAUGAGGGGAGUGGGUCGACUGGUUUUGAUGGUGUGGCACCUCGCAGUCAACAGAUGUCGACGCCUAAUCCGAUGGCAACCCCUUUCCGUCAAGGUGGCGGCGGAAUAGGCGCGACUCCUCUCCGUACGCCAAUGGGGGCCGGAGCAACACCUCUGCGGACACCUCGGGAUAAUUUCUCAAUCAACCGAGAUGGCUACAUUCCUGGGGUUGGAGAAACUCCAAAGGAGUUGAAACUUCGAGAGUCUUCAAUGAAAGAUACUCUGCGAAAGGGAUUUGCGGCGCUACCAAAGCCGAAAGAGACCGAAUGGGAAUUGGAGCUUCCCGAGGAGCAGCGAGAGAAAGCGGCUCCUGUCGAGCUCUCUGAAGAAGAUGCGGCAGAGCGUGAUAGGCGAAACCGGCUCCUCAGAGAAGCGGCUGAACGAGCCGAGUUCAAGCGGCAAAGUCAAGUGCUACAAAAGUCUCUACCUCGUCCGUCGACAGUUGACGUUGAUGCUCUGGUGGAAAAUGCAAGACACGUCAAAGACCCCGCUGAACGAGCUAUUGCGGAGGAAAUGGCCCUUCUCAUUGCAAAUGAUGCGACCAAGUAUCCUAUCAAGGGAGGAAAAGUCCAUGGAAAGUCGAAAAUCUUAGAACAGUUUGAAGACGAUGCUUUGAACCGGGCGCGGAUGGAGAUUGUCCUAGAAGGCCCUCAAGGAAAUUCAAAGGAACGUCAAGAAGACUUUGAUGCCGCUUGGGCAGCAAUUCAUGGCUCUAGCAUGCUACCAGGACUUGCCGGUUAUGGCGAAGAUGAGAUUGACGAGCAUCAACUGAUGGUUGAAUCGUUCGAUAAUAUUCAAGAAAAGAUAAUGGGCGACGCAGACCGAGGGAAUAAAGUGGAGAAAAAGCUUGCGCUCCAUUUCGGUGGCUAUCAACAGCGAGCGAAAACACUUCGUCAAAAGAUUACUGAGGCUGCGGAGGCCCUAGAAAAGUCAUCGGCUGCCCUGGAUACUUUUCGCACACUCCAAAUUUCAGAGGAUGCGGCCAUUCCAAGACGUUUGGAGUCGCUUCGGUCUGAAGUGGAAUUCAUCAGCAAGCGUGAGCGCGAAGCACAAGAUACCUUUCGAGCUCGAAAAGAGGAGCUCGAAAGCGUGAGAGAAGCUGUAAAUGGUUUUCAUUGAGUUCAUGGAAGCUUUUUGGUGUGGUAAUACUUUUCCAAGUUGGAUGAUUUCGUCAAAAGUGGCCGACUGCUUUCAGAAAGCUUCUCCCUUGUUCAUUUUGACAUUUAAGGGUCAUGGCGCAUUUUACGUUCAAAAUAUGUAACUUUAACUUGUAGGACCGGUGCAACGAGUAAGGAGUUGGCUUUCCCAUAUAAAACAUGCCAUUAAUAAAUAACACGUUCGUUUCAUGUGAGCU